AUGGAUUUCUAUCAAGAUAGUGUUGAUAUAAUAACUGUUUAUAUUGAAGACGCUCAUGCAGUUGAUGAAUGUCGAAUAUGUUAUGUUCAACCAAAAAGUGAUGAUGAUCGAAUUCGUAUUGCAAAUGAUUUUAUCAAAGCAACGGAAUAUCGAAUACUAUUAUUAAUCGAUCCAGUAUCAAAAAAUAAUCCAUUUAGUCAAGUUUAUAGUCCAUGGCCAAUUCGAUUUUAUGUUAUUGAUCCUAUGAAAAAGUUUAGUUAUAUUGCUCAACCGAUUCAAGGUUCAUUCUCAUUAGAAUUGAUUAAAAAUGCUUUGGAUGAAGUUGCUCAACAAUGUCAAUAA